GGCCUGGACCCAGCGGGAACCCAACCCAUCUCUAGUCAGAGCCUCAACCCUUCGUAGCUGAGGUGGGAACCAGACCCACCCCGCCCGCCUCUCGCCCACCACCGCCAGGUGCGACAGUCCAGCUACACUGUCCGGGAGCCAGUUCUUGUCCGAGAUGGCUUCAGUAACUGAUGGUAAAACUGGAGUCAAAGAUGCAUCUGACCAGAAUUUUGACUACAUGUUCAAACUGCUCAUCAUUGGCAACAGCAGUGUUGGUAAGACCUCCUUCCUCUUCCGCUAUGCUGACGACACCUUCACCCCGGCCUUUGUCAGCACCGUGGGCAUCGACUUCAAAGUGAAGACAGUCUACCGCCAUGAGAAGCGUGUGAAGUUGCAGAUAUGGGACACAGCUGGACAAGAGCGAUACCGGACCAUCACCACAGCCUAUUACCGCGGGGCCAUGGGCUUCAUCCUGAUGUAUGACAUCACCAAUGAGGAGUCCUUCAAUGCUGUCCAGGACUGGGCUACUCAGAUUAAGACCUACUCCUGGGACAACGCACAGGUUAUUCUGGUGGGAAACAAGUGUGACAUGGAAGAAGAAAGGGUGGUCCCCACUGAGAAGGGCCGGCUCCUUGCAGAGCAGCUUGGGUUUGACUUCUUUGAAGCCAGUGCCAAGGAGAACAUCAGUGUGAGGCAGGCCUUCGAGCGUCUGGUGGAUGCCAUUUGUGAUAAGAUGUCUGACUCGCUGGACACAGACCCCUCUGUGCUGGGCGCUUCCAAGACCACGCGUCUCUCAGACACCCCACCACUGCUGCAGCAAAACUGCUCCUGCUAGACAUGGUCCACCCUCCUGCCUCCCUGCGUCAUGCCCACACACACCCUGCUUCCCUCUGUUUACUCACUGUCCAUUCCUCACCCCAAGGAAGCUGAGUUCUUUGCCAGCCCCUGUGGUUCUCUGAAGUUGGCCCCAAUUACAGACACUAAUGGUGCAGGCUACUGUGUGGGUGAAGGUUCCUUUUACAAAAGCAAACUCCCUUUUAUGAAGGAGGUUCACUAUAGAGACUUGGAAAGAAUCUUUUCUGCCCUUAAAAUAAAAUAAAAUUUCCUUCAUUUACCAAGACACCCCUCCUACACACACAUGUCAGGGGCUGGCUGGUGUGUACGGUGAGACCCACCUGCACGGCUAAUCCUAUUAAAGAAAAUGUCUCAAAGUAGAA